GGCGGUUGUUUGAAGUAAGAAGUGAUAGAUUAUCCUCCUCACUUCGUUCAGAUUUGUCCACAGAUAGAGAGAGAAAGAGAGAGCAAAGGGAAAGGGAGAUACAUACACGAUGCUAACAAUGGGCAGCAGCACUUGUUUGUCUCCCUGCAUCUCUUUGUCCCCAUCUCUUUCUCCUCAUCCCAAGUUCCCAAACCUCAACCCUAAUCCGCUCCUCCUUUCCCACCCUUCUUUUGCUCCCAUUUCCCUGCGUUCCAAUCAAACCCCUUCCCGUUCCAAGAAGCUCCUCUCCCCUAAUGCCACCAACUGCUUCGUUGCCGCGUCGGCUAAAGGAGAGCCGUUGAAGGUUAUCAUAUCAGGGGCUCCGGCUUCUGGUAAAGGUACCCAAUGCGAGCUCAUCACCCGAAAAUAUGGUUUGGUGCAUAUUUCUGCCGGGGAUUUAUUGAGAGCAGAAAUUGCCGCCGCUAGUGAAAACGGCAAGCUAGCAAAGGAAUACAUGGAGAAAGGGCAAUUAGUCCCUAAUGAAAUUGUUGUUAUGAUGGUCAAGGAGCGUCUUCUGCAACUUGAUUCUCAACAAAGGGGUUGGCUUUUAGAUGGAUAUCCUAGGAGCUCAUCACAGGCAGCUGCUCUCGAGGAUUAUGGGAUCCGUCCUGAUGUUUUCAUUUUGUUGGAUGUUUCUGAAGACAUUCUUGUUGAGAGAGUGGUUGGACGAAGGUUGGACCCUCUUACCGGGAAGAUAUACCACUUGAAAUAUUCACCCCCGAAGAAUGUCGAAAUUGCAUCCAGGCUUACACAACGAUUUGAUGAUACUGAAGAGAAGGUGAAGUUGCGGCUGCGCACACACGAUGAAAAUGUGGACGAUGUUCUUUCUGUAUAUAAAGAUAUCACAGUCAAGGUUAAUGGAAACAUGGCGAAGGAAAAUGUGUUUGAACAAAUUGAUGCUGCUCUUACACAUGUAGCUGAGCAAAGGAAGGUCAAUUCUGGAUCUCUAGCUGCAUAAAUAAAAACUAUAUUUAAGAGAUAGUUUCUUGGUGGUUCACAU